AUGUGCUUCCAAAUCCCCCUCACUCCCGCCAUCUGCCGCACCUGCGGCUCCGCCAAGCCGAUCCCAGACGAACAGACUCUCUGCGCCACGGCUCAAGAGCUGGGCAUUGAGUUUGAAGACGAUUAUGUCAACAAGUGCCCUAAUGGGGUGAGGACCAUCACGGUCCAGCAGAAGGCGGAUAAGGAGCUUGAGAGGGGGGUGAAGUGUUUGGUUUGUGUCAUCUCGCCAUACCUCACCGUACCUCCUCACAAUUCACCCCGCCUCGAGCACUCAACGAAAAUGCCGGUCAUCUCGUUGCAUAAUGUCCCGUUGGACAUCCUCCUCAUCAUCCUGGGAAACGUUGAUCCCAUCUCAUUGAUCAACCUGGCCCAGACCUGCCAGGCUCUUCGAGCUACUAUUCACCCAACACGCGCCAACCUCCUCCAGCGCCUGCUCGCCCUUGAGCUGAUUCCCGAACACGGCGGCAUCGUACCGCUCAUCAGAAGCAGGGAUAAUCAGAUCACCCCUCCCAUUGGCUCCAAGGACUGGCAAGCCAACAAGUACGCUUGCGGAGGCUGCCUCAAGCUCUUGCCGCACACCAUGUUUGACAACCACAACAUCCUGCGGCUCGACCUUCGCAAGCCCCCUCCCGGCAGCAGGGAGGCUAACCGCCUUGCCGAAUGGUGGUAUCUCAACGGACGGGAUGACCACGUGAGAGCCCGGAUCAUCCAACACCGAGUGCAUACCCGUGCCCGACAUGAGCUUGAGUCACUUGCCGAUGUCCGGAGGCGGCAUUAUGAGGCCACCCACGCAGAGGAAGACAUGCCCCAUAACGGUGUCAACCAGUUCCUUUGGUUCGCGGACGAAGAGGCUGACACCCUAGCUGCGAACGACCGCAUUGCGUCUGACGCCGAACUCCUAAUUUGCGGCCUCCGCCGGCACAACCGUCGUUGCAAUGAAUGCCGCUUUCUCCGGGGCGACUGGCGUCAUCUUAACCCGGCCAACAACCCCGUGCAGGGCUUCUCCCCUUUACCAGUGGCCACGGGGCGGAAGUUGCCUUUCUACAAUCUUUUUGACAGGUGCUUCCCCACCUUGUUUCACCCUGUCCCUCUCGCCGAAACGGGCCGCCGCUUCACCCAAUUCGGCAACCAGCGAAAUAAGGCGUACACAUGGAUGAUGUGCACCAUUCGCUGCGGCGGUUGCGCCAAGUGGCAAGAUGCGUCACAGUUUCGUUUGCCAAUCGCGGCGUACAAGACGGAAGAUUUGCUGGUGAGGGAGAUAGACCAGUAUUUGGUGCGAGAUGCCGAGUUGGGAGAGCUGAGGGAGCCCAGAUGCAAUCGGUGCUUUUUGAGGGAGCACGGCAUGGCCGCGUUCAGACGGCAUCUGACAGCCUUCGCGAGGUCGCUGAUGUCGGAUGCCCUCGACAGGGCUCAGUUCCAAGUCCUCUUCGGGUGGGGCAAGCUCCGCGAAGACUUCCGUCUUCCUGGAGGAGACUUCGCAAACUGGGCCGAGUACGGCAGGCCGAUUGUCUCGGACUUCCCCAUCCAAGAAGACGACCUCCUCAUCGUGCCACCCCUCACCACACAGCAACUCGAUGACCUCUUCCGGCGGUACACCUGCUUCACCAUCUUUGUCGAGCACAUGUACCAAGGCUUGCGACCCGUGCGCCAGACCAUCUUGGACAGUCGCUCCAACGAAGAGGUCAUGAGCUACGUGAUGAGCUCGUGGUUCCGUAUUUGGUACGAUGAUUAUUAUCUCUACGAAAGGACGUAUCGGAGGCUGGAUGAUCGGUUCAGGUGGAUUCACCAGCAUGAGCAGGAGAUGGUAUCGUAUGCGUUGGGGGUUGAUCCGUUGGUGCCGGAGAGGUAUGAUUUUGAGUUGGAGGUGGAGGAGGGAGAGAUUGUUGAAUGA